AUGACGAGCGCAGACGCGCGCGACGCGGGCGACGCGGAGGCGUUCCCCACCGUGCAGCUCGACCUGCCGGUGCCCACCAACGUGCGCGUCCGCACCGCUGAGUUUGUGAAGAGCAGCGUGGAGAUCUCGCAGUGCCCCAAGGAGGGCCCACCAGAGUUUGCCGUCAUCGGGCGCUCGAACGUCGGCAAGUCGAGCCUCAUCAACAUGCUGACCGGGCGGAAGGCCCUGGCGCAGGUCUCCAAAGAGCCGGGCAAGACCCAGUGCAUCAACCACUUCAUAAUCAAUGACAGCUGGUACCUGGUGGACAUGCCUGGAUACGGGUACGCCAAGCGCAGCAAAGACCAGCGCCGCGAGUUCGACGCCUUCACCAAGGCGUACUUCAAGCAGCGCGGCACCCUGGCCAUGGUGCUGCUGCUGGUCGACGGCAGCAUACCCCCGCAGCCGGCCGACCUGGAUUACGCGGCCUGGCUGGCGUCCGCGGGCGUGCCCUUCAGCAUCGUCUUCACAAAGGCAGACAAGAAGAAGAAGGGCGGCCCCCGCGCGCUCUCGAACGUCGCGGCGUUCAAGCGGGCGCUGCUGGAGGCGCGCGGCUUCCCACUGGUGCCGCCGAGCGUGGUGACGAGCGCGGCGACGGGGGACGGCAAGUCGGAGCUGCUGGCGUUUGUCGCGUCGCUGCGCGGCAUGUGGGAGGCGGCGAAGAAGAGGCGGUAG